UGACGCUCCAACCGCUGAGACAAACUGGCCAGGGCUCUCCUUUACUUUUAAUAUCUUCCACUAGAAUAUAUCUUGGUUUUUUUUCCUCAAACAUUCAUAAGUACUGAGUAUUGAACAAGCACUCAAACUGAAGUAUGUAUUAAUGACAUUGGGCAGAGGAACAAGGACAUUUCAACUUCCAAAUUUUAUGCUUCCUUAUUAGAUUUUUGUCUUUGUAUAUUUUGUUGUUGUUUUACUUCAAGCAUGUUUUACUUUCAUAACAUUUUCUAAAAGAAAAAGUUUUAAACCACGAUGUAUACUAUUUGAAGAAUUGUUAUGCUGUCCAGGGCUGAGAUUCUCUCCAGUGCUGAAAUGGACACAAAACAGACACUUAGGCUUGGCCUUGUAAAUUGACUCUCCUUAUUAAAAAUUGUGAUCUGUUCAAGUAUUUUUUCCCCCUAUUUUUCCUUUUUCUGUGUCUGUUUUGAUUUGCAGUUAUUGGAGAACUUAAAAGCAAGAAAAAGAUUGCAACAUUCCCAAUGCAGUCUACAAUUUUAAACUGUUGAUUGAAUCCUGGGCACCUAGAAUAUUGAAUUGCAGAGGCCUACAGGCUCUAAAAUACAGCUGUGUUCAUGACUGACACACUAGUUCUUCACUUGCAAAAUGAAGGACCGGCUACCAGAACUUCUGGAGUUAACCAAGCAGUAUGACCAGCAGGUCCCAGACGGGGAUGAUGAAUUUGAGUCACCCCACGAGGACAUCGUGUUUGAGACGGACCACAUCCUGGAGUCCUUGUACCGCGACAUCAAGGUCCUUCAGGAUGAAAACCAGCAUCUGAUGGCCGACGUGAGACGCCUGGGGAAGCAGAAUGCCCGCUUCCUCACAUCCAUGCGGCGGCUCAGCAGCAUCAAGCGCGACACCAACACCAUUGCCAAGGACAUCAAGGCCCGCGGCGAGAGCAUCCACCGCAGGCUGCGCGCCAUGAAGGCGCUGAGCGAGGAGGCCGAGGCCCAGCACGGCCCCAGCUCGGCCCUGGCGCGCAUCGCGCGUGCGCAGUACAGCGCGCUCACCCGCACCUUCCAGGGCGCCAUGCACGACUACAACCGCGCCGAGAUGAAGCAGCGCGAGAACUGCAAGAUCCGCAUCCAGCGCCAGCUGGAGAUCAUGGGCAAGGACGUCUCGGGCGACCAGAUCGAGGACAUGUUUGAGCAGGGCAAGUGGGAUGUGUUCUCCGAGAACCUGCUGGCCGACGUCAAGGGUGCCCGGGCGGCCCUCAACGAGAUCGAGAGUCGCCACCGCGAGCUGCUGAAGCUGGAAAGCCGCAUCCGCGACGUGCACGACCUCUUCCUGCAGAUGGCCGUGCUGGUGGAGGAGCAGGCCGACACCCUGAAUGUCAUCGAGCUCAACGUGGAGAAGACCGUCGACUACACCGGCCAGGCCAAGGCGCAGGUGCGCAAGGCAGUGCAGUACAAGAAGAGGAACCCCUGCCGGACCAUCUGCUGCUUCUGCUGCCCCUGCCUCAACUGACGGGCUGGCCCGGGACACCACGCCCGCCCUUCCCAACGGGAUGGGCUGGGAAGGAUUGCGGGCCCCCUUCACUGGGGCAAGUUGUCCCGAGCCCUAUGGACCUCAGUAUUUAGGGAAAGGAGAAACUAGGUCCAGGAAUUCCAACCCAGCCCAUGCUUGGGACCACAGUUGAUGCCGUUCAGUAAGUACAUAUCCACUGAGGUUGCGAGAUCAUUAUAUGGCAAAUUGCACCCUUGCCCUCUUAUCCGAAGCCAAAGAACUGACGUUGUAUUGUAUUGUAGGGUAAAUGUCCCAGGCCUAUUUUCGAAUGACACUCUAGGAGGAAGUCAAUUCCGCACUGGCUAAUAGUAUGAACUCAUCACAAGUUCAUUUACCCUACCCUCAAAGUGCCUUGGUUCUGUUCAAUUUCACCUCUUUUCACUUCCCACUCUUAUGUAGUUCAUGCUAUGUGAUUCCUGCCUAGAUGUGUAUCUUCUUUCUGCUCAUCUUCACGUUUAUUAAAAAUCAUUAACACUCACAAUUUUCUUAUCUCUUCACUUUUAAUAUCUUCCAUCAGGAUACAGUUUGGAAUUUUUUUCCAAAUAUUUUUAAGCACUGAGUAUUGAACAAGCACUUAAAUUGAUGUGUGUUUCAAUCACAUGUUAUAUAUUUUUCAUAUAAAAAUAAUUUAAAAUGUAUCUUUUUUCCUUGUUACAAAUGCACAUAUACAUAUGUAAAUGUUAAUACUAACAUGUAUAUAAUGACUAAUUGGUUUUCACUUUGCUUUUGUAAAUAUAGACUAUAAAUAUCAAGAAAAACACUUUUACUGGUUAUUGGUAUUGGUUUUCUUGUUUUGAGUUUGUCUCAUUCCCAUCUGCAUAUUCAGUCCAAUUUGGAUCAAAACUUUAUUUUGAACAAUUCUGUGUCAGUUAUGGUAAUAAAGACAGAUGUCAACAGCUGAAAAUGCAUACGGAACUAGAGAUAAUAAAUUAACAUUCUUGGAAAUAUUACUUUUGUUUUACUGUGGAUCAUCUUUUUGUGCAUUUAA